CAUGUGUCUGGAGGACGAAAGCACAGAGAGAGGGAACAGCAGCCUCUCACAUACAGCCUGGCACCUAUGGGUACCCUAACCAUGCUGCGAGUGUGGGUGCUGAGUGUGGCUGCAUUACUAAAUGGACUCUCAGCAAAACGUACAGAUUAUGGCUUUUUUCUGGACGCAACUACAACAGAGAUGAUAACACCAACAACAGUGUCUAUUCUACCAACAACACGAAUCAUAGCUGAUAGCUAUGAGAGUCUUUACGGAAUCAACGUGAAUCACAACAUGCAGGUGUGCAGCACAUGGGGAAACUUCCACUUCAGUACAUUUGAUGGACAGUUCUUCCAACUGCCCUACACCUGCAACUACGUACUGACCACCCUGUGUGACAGCACCAAGACUGACUUUAACAUCCAAAUGAGGAGGCGGUAUAUCAACAAUCUCCCCACCAUCAGCUCCUUCACCAUAAAGAUAGACGGGGUUGUAGUCAAGCUUCUUGAUGGCAACAUUACUAUGAAUGACCAGGCAGUGGCCAUCCCAGAUUAUCAGUUUGGAGUUAGGAUUGCAAAAACAACAAGUUACAUUAAGAUAAGCUCCAGUAAACUGGAAAUUGAAAUCCUUUGGGAUCAACACAACUUUCUCUCGGUUGAGAUCCCAACAAAGUACAGGAAUCAGACCUGUGGACUGUGUGGGGACUUCAAUGGAGUUAAGGACAAUGAGUUCAAUGAAAACAGUGCGCAACUGUCAGCACAAGAAUAUGGGCAUAAAUGGAAGAUGGAUGCACCCACACAGACAUGUGAGGAGAUUGAGCUCCGCACUAAGAAAUGCCAGUCUCAGAGCUAUUUAUGUGAACAGCUGCUUUCUAAUCCAGCCUUCAGUAGCUGCCAAAGACUGCUGCCCAUUAAGGCAUUUGUGGAAGCCUGUGUUAGAGACAUGUGUCAGUGUAACAGCAGCGAGGCUGUGUGUGUGUGUGACACAAUAUCCGAGUUCUCACGCCAGUGUGCACAUGCUGGGGGCAAGCCGCAGAAUUGGAGGACCAACAAUUUGUGUGGUAAAGAGUGUCCAUUUAACCUGGAGCACAGGGAAUGUGGGAAUCCAUGCAAAGACACCUGUUCUAACCAAGAGGGGGGUCUUGUCUGCAGCGAACACUGUAGCGAUGGCUGCUUCUGCCCAACAGGAACUGUGUUUAAUGACAUUAAGGGAAAUGGCUGCAUCCCAGUUGAUCGGUGUCCCUGCAUCCACAAUGGAAAUAUUUACCAGCCUGGAGAGUCAUACAAUAGAACCUGUCAAAAAUGUGUGUGUUCUGAUGGGCGGUGGAGUUGUGUGAACCUGGACUGCCCUGGCACUUGCUCUAUACAAGGAGGGUCUCAUAUCAACACAUAUGAUGGCAAAGCUUACACCUUCCAUGGAAACUGCUACUACAUUCUUUCCAAGGACAGCGUAAAUGACGUGACAGUACUGGGGCAUCUGGUGCAGUGUGGGCAGACAGAAACUGAAACAUGUCUGACUGAUGUAAAGUUCAUCAUUUCUGAAACUACUGUUACUUUCUCAUCCAGUGGCUCUGUGCUUGUGAAUGAGAUUGCAACCAAGCUUCCCAUUUUAAAUGAUCAAGUCACAGUCUUUAAGCCUUCUACAUUCUACAUCAUCGCUCAUGCUUCAGGCCUUCGGCUCGUGAUCCAAAUGGUUCCAGUCAUGCAGGUGUUCAUAGUAGCCAGCUCUCAAAAGAAAGGAACAUUGAGUGGUCUGUGUGGGAACUUUAACGAUGUCCAGGCAGACGACUUCAAAACAAAAUUAGGACUAACAGAGGGCACAGGUGCAACGUUUGCCAACACAUGGAAGGCUAUGUCCAACUGUCCUGACAUGAGUAUGAGUCAACAAAAUCCCUGUAGUAUGAGUGUGGAAAAAGAGAAAUAUGCCAGGGAAUGGUGUAACAUGCUUACUGACUCUAAGGGAGUCUUUUCACCCUGUCAUGCUGAAGUCAACCCAAAGGACUACAAAGAUAGGUGUAUUUAUGAUACAUGCAACUGUGCCAAAAGUGAAGAGUGCAUGUGUGCAGCUGUGUCCUCCUAUGUAUAUGCGUGUGCUGCCAAAGGUGUUCGACUCCACGGCUGGAGAAACGCCACCUGUGGUAGGUUCUCCGCAGAUUGUCCAGGCAAUAUGGAGUACUACUACAGCCUAAGCAGUUGUGGGACCACCUGCCGCUCCCUCAGUGGAUAUGACUACACCUGUCAGGUGUCUUACACACCUGUGGAUGGCUGUGGCUGUGCCAAGGGUACCUACCUCAAUGACAAAGGCGAGUGUGUGCCUGCCUCCAGCUGCCCCUGUUACCACAACAAUCAGAUUGUUGCCGCCUCUCAGGUCAUCACCAAGGACGGGACUACAUGCACAUGCACUCAUGGCAAGCUACACUGCAUCGGGCAGCCGCAAGUUCCAACCUGCGAAGCUCCUACGUACUUCUUCAACUGCUCGAAUGCUGGACCUGAAGCCAGAGGGAUCGAAUGCCAGAAAAGCUGCCAGAGGCUGGACUCAGACCAGUGUGUGAGCACACAGUGUACAUCAGGGUGUGUGUGUCCAAAUGGUCUACUGGCUGAUGGACAAGGAGGAUGUGUAAAAGAAGAGAACUGUACAUGUGUUCACAAUGGAGUCUUCUACCAACCUGGACAGACUGUUAAAGAAGUCUGCAACACUUGCUCUUGUAAGGGUGGAACAUGGAGCUGCACACGUAAGGAGUGUCCUGGCACUUGUACCAUCUAUGGCGAUGGUCACUACAUAACCUUUGAUGGUAGAAGAUACUCUUUCAGUGGAGACUGUGAAUACACUCUGGCCCAGGAUUACUGCAGCAACACCCUCAAUGGUUCAUUCCGUGUCAUCACAGAAAAUAUCCCCUGUGGCACAACCGGGACCACCUGUUCCAAAUCUAUUAAAAUCUUUCUAGGGAACAAAGAGUUGCUGCUGUCGGAAGAGAAUCUUAAAGAUGUUAUUCAUGAUAACAGCACAGAGAUUCCAUAUAAAUUCUACACUGUGGGGAUUUACUUUGUAAUUGAGACCAGUCAUGGUCUGGUUCUGUUCUGGGACAAGAAGACAAGCCUGAUGAUCAAACUCAAGCCUUCAUUUAAGAGAAAAUUAUGCGGACUGUGUGGUAACUAUGAUGGUAACGGUAAAAAUGACUUUGUGACUCGUGGUGGGGAGGAAGUGGUGGAGCCACUUGAAUUUGGAAACAGCUGGAGAGUUUCUCCUUCAUGCCCCAAAGCCAGCAGUGUCAGCAGCCCCUGCGAUAUGAGACCACACCGUCAAACCUGGGCCGUCAAGCACUGCAGUAUUAUCAAGAGUGAUGUCUUCAGUCCCUGUCACUCCAUAGUGGAUCCAGCUCAAUAUUACGAUAUAUGUGUGCAAGACACAUGUGCAUGUGACAGCGGUGGAGACUGUGAGUGUUUCUGCACUGCCGUAGCCGCAUAUGCUGCAGCAUGCAACGAGAAGGGAGCCUGCAUAUCGUGGAGGACCCCAACCAUCUGCCCUUUGUUUUGUGACUACUAUAACUCACCUGAUGGCUGUGAAUGGCACUAUAAACCCUGUGGGCAGUGUGUGAAAACCUGCAGUAAUCCUUCAGGAGACUGCUUCAAUCAAACUCUAGUAGAAGGAUGCUUUCCCAAGUGCCCCUCAGAAAGGCCAUACCUGGAUGAGAAAACCAUGAAAUGUGUUUCAAAACCUUACUGUGGUUGCUAUAUGAAUGAUCAGCACUACAAUAUUGGAGAAGAAAUAUCUACAGAAGUCUGCAAAAAAUGCACCUGCUCCUUACAGGGUACUUCAUGUUACAGUGAAACAGGAAAAGUACUAUACAACACAACAGAUGGGAAUGGAACAUGUAUCUCUGCUGAAUGUGGACUCAAUGGAAAAAUUAACAGGAAGAUGUUUACAUGCCCCACACCUACCCCCAUCCCUAUUAUCAGUACUACAGUUUCAACCACAAUAUUUGAUUUCUCAACACCUGCAAGAACAACAACAUGGAAAACAACAAAAUUAACCACCACAUUAAGGCCGUCAACAACAACUGUUAAAGGGAGCACAUCACCUACAAAGAAAACUACUCCAACAAGGACACAAAAACAACAAAACUGA